GUUCAGACUGAACUCAGAUCACUUUGAUGUGGAAUUAAUGUAGAGAACAUGUUCAACUCUUCACCUUCUACAUUUACUGUAACAUCUAGUGCUGCUGCUAUAUCAGAGAAGCUUGGUGGAAAUGAUGAGAACCAGAACGAUAAAGAGGAGGACGAACUCAGACUGGUGCUCAUCGGUCGGACAGGCUCAGGAAAGAGCGCUUCAGGAAACACCAUCCUUGGACGACGGCAUUUUCUGUCAGAGCUGAGAUCGAGCUCUGUGACCCAGAUCUGUGAGCAGGGGAGCACCGAGCUGCCUGAAGAUGAAGCAUCUGACCAGUGGAAAAAGAUCAUGGUAGUAGACCUGCCAGGAUUUGGCGAUACUCACCUAAAUCCAGACCAGGUCCACACCGAAAUCGCCAAGUGUGUGACCCUGAGUGCGCCCGGCCCACAUGCUUUCCUGCUGGUCAUGCAGAUUGGUCGCUACACCGAGGAUGAAGACCGGGCCGUCAAUGAGAUCAUCCAGAUCUUCGGGGAGUCGGCUCUACAGCGCCACACGCUGGUCGUGUUCAGCCGGGGUGAUGAUUUGGAAGAGACCGGCGCCGAUUUGGAAUCCUUUCUGAGUCGGGAACCUCCGGAAGCUCUGAGGUGUUUACUGGAAAGAUGUGGGAGGAGAUAUCAUGUCCUGAACAACAGGAGUCCAUCAGACAGGGUGCAGGUGAAAGAACUGCUCAGGAAAGUUGAAAAGAUGGUGGAGGAGAAUGGCGGGCAGUGCUAUACCAGCACCGUGUUUCAGGAGGCGGAGGCGGCCAUCCAUAAAGAACAGGAGAGGAUGAUGAGUGAAAGGUUAGAAAAUGUGGAAGGGGUGAUGACGUUGGCCAAGAGAAGAAAGACGGAUGGAGAAGGAACGGAGAUGGUCCGAAUUGAAGAGCGAAUCAAGACUGAGAGAUCAGUUGAAGGAUGGAGGUUGUUGAAGGAAGGGUGGCAGAAAUGGAAGGAUAGAGAGGGACGAAGGGGUAGACGUAGACUCGAAUCAUUCCGAACAGAAGCAGCACUUUCACCGAAGGUUCUAGAGCGAGUUAAAGUGUUAGUGGCAGCUGGGGCAACAGGGUUUGCAGUGGGGGCGGUUUGUGGUGCAGUCGCCCCUCUUGCUUUAGCAGCAGGAGCUUCUGUUGUUGGGGGUUCGAUGGGUCUUGCUGCAGGUGUAGCUGGGAAAACAGCCAUAGCUGUGGGGGCAGCUAUGGGAGGCGUGGUCGGGGGGACAAACGGUGUGAUUGUUGGGGCUGAAGCUACAGGCCCUGGGGAGGCAGCACUGGAGACUCUAGAACAGGUAGGUUUAAUAGGGGUCGCGGUAGUGAGUGGGGCUGCGCUCGUAGGUGGGGCUUACUCUGUAGGUGCAGGGCUUGUCGGAGCAGGGCUUGAGGGCGGGGCGGUCAGUAGUGCUGCCCUUACCGGAGCUGAAGCAGUGAGCAUCACCGGAUCCGCAGCUGCAGCUGCCCCACAGGCACAACAGGCACUAGGGGGCGCUGUAGUUAAUGCUAUAGCAGCUACCAGAGCAGAAACCACCAGCCGGAUUUUAUCAGCGGUCACAGAGUUUGGGAAGGCCGCAGCAGGAAUCGCACUAGCAGGGGGGUUAGCGGUGAAAGUGGUGAAGGAAAAAGUUUGCUCAGCCGCCGGAUACACGGAGAGAAAGUCGUAUGAGAUCUACUGGAACAAAUGAGGUGUUGAGUUCACAUCCAUAUUAAAUGGAUUAUAUGCAGUAAUUGCCUUAUUUCUACACUAGGUUUAUAUACACCGAUCAGCCAUAACAUCAAACCACCUCCUUGUUUCAACACUCACUGUCCAUUUUAUCAGCUUCGUUUUGUAGUUCUACAAUUACUGACUGUCCAUCUGUUUUUUUACAUACUUUUUGGCCUGCUUUCACCCUGUUCUUUAAUGGUCAG